AAUAUAUUUCGUACCUACAGGUGGUAACUGGAAUCAAGUUCACGAAGCAGAGGAGGAUAAUUCACCUCAAAGUACAGCAAGGUCAGGCUCUCCCGCAAGGACAGGUUAACAGCUCCACGAUACAGUGGGUGGACGUCGAACCGAUCAGCAUCAUCAGCACGCAGUACCAGGAGGGGAGGGACUACAAGAAACUCUCCUUUGAGGACAGAAACAUUGACCUCGACCGCCUGCAGGCCCCAAGCGACCACGUGGUGACUGGCGUGAGAUUUAGAAUGCUCGGUCCACACAUCAAUCUGGAGGUUCAAGUGACGCCAGUGAACUACACGACGGGCCAGCUCCAGCCCUUCAAAAGUUACUGGAUCAGCAACGACAACACCCCUGUCAUGGCAAAGAACCCGAGGAUGGAAUUCAAGUUGUAUGAGCCCGACGACCCGACCAGAUUCCCCUCGAUACACAAGAUAGACUCGCAGCCGGAUACCUUCAUUCGCUUCGGACCGACCUCCAGAGGAAAAGACGUGGCGCAACUGACCGUGCCCUUCUUCGACGCCCAGAAUGUGUCCCCAUCGCCGAGCUCCUGGUUCUCCGGGGUCGAGCUCUUCCACAAGGGUCACCCUGGCUCAGGCGGCUUCCUCGGGCUCAGGGUCACCACCUAUGACAUGACGCCGUAUAUGGAGGACCCUGAGGAGGCGACGGACACGCACGUGGAUCUCCCAAGCCCUCCGAUCGUUUAACGGAAUGUGUAUCAGGGCGUUACAGGGUUUAUUUCUCGUUGUUGCUCGUCCCCGCUCAGUUUAUUCUGCCCGGGAGUUUUGUCAGUUCUUUCGUGAGCAGAAACGAAGUUAAAAGUUCAACAAUAAUUAUCUUUGCAGCUUAUUAUAACAUAGCAAUGCUGAUCGCAUUUACAUUCUAUUUAUGCCUUUACUUAAUUAUCAGACUGUGUGACUAGGCAAUAAGUAAUCGCUUCAGAGGCACAUAAAUCAUUAGAAAGUAGCUUUACCAUAUAUUUUUAUAUCUAAAGUAAGUGAAAUGUAUCCUACCCUGUGUUUCAAGUAAAGUCACAAAAUGUUUAGUUUAUUUGUUGUUAAAUUACCCAUUUGGGGAAUCACUUAAAAUAUUUCCACUAGUUCAGUAUAAGAAAGAAAACGGAAAGCCAUUUGCCACUAUUGAAAAUAAGAAGUACCAGACUGGCAAUCAAUAGUUACCUUCUAUAUUCCUGAAAGCACUGAAAGGUAAAUCUGCAGGAAGGGACGGAAGGUCCCUGCCUCACAUGAACACGUUUUUCUUUGUAAACGCAAAUAAACAAAUACACUUAAACA